AUCUUUAUCAUAUGCCACGUGAAAAUUAUCAUCUACUAGUAUAUAUUAAAAUUGAUAAUCAAAAUAUUAAAGCAAAAUGGACAAUCCUGGAUAUGGAGACGAUGUUGUUGGAGAGAAACCUCCUCCAUAUGGAUUUGCUACAGGUUUUCAAGGGCAGCCACCACCCCAACCAACAGCACCACCUGUACAACAGGUGACUGUACCUCCUAUAGGGCCAGAUGAAUUACCCCCACCAUACUCGUCAGUUCCUGGAAUGCCGUUGUCGAUCAACUGUAAAGUGUGUCAAGCUAUAGUCAGCAUAGAUGGCAAACAAAAUCAGAAUGUGGUCAAAUGUAAUGUGUGCAGAGAAGCAACGCCAAUAAAAGCGGCUCCUCCAGGAAAGAAGUAUGUCAGAUGUCCUUGCAACUGUUUACUGAUUUGUAGAGCUUCAGCACAGAAAAUUGCUUGCCCAAGACAAAACUGUAAGAGGAUUAUCACUCUAGGGGCACCAGGCAUUAUUACCAGUGCCACGGUGAGGGCACCAAACACUAACAGAGUACAGUGUGUAUACUGUAAUGAGAUAUUCCUGUUUGCUGUAACAAGGACAGCACUAGCCAGAUGUUCAAAUUGUAGACGAGUUUCCUCAGUGGAGUCAAGUUUCAUCAGAACUCGAUGUAUAAUGUAUCUUAUUUUAGGACUUGUAUUCCUUGGCGCAGGUAUUGGUGUAACGGUUGGUACUUAUGAGAUGGCUGCAGACUCUGGAGGAAUAUAUACUGUAUGGAUUGGUGCAUUUGUGAUUGGCGUGUUAUUCCUUAUUCGUGCAACAUACCUUGGUAUGAUCAGAACAAGCAAAGUGAUUGGUCCAGCUGCAUAGAGGAGUGUUACCGGGAUGUGCAAAAACUGCGGAAUAUUCCACAAAAAUCAUACUGUUGUGUGUCAUAGAACUGUCACAUUAAUAAAGUUUAUUUGGUACAUGUAUUUAAUAUUUAAUAUUAAUGUCUUCUUAAUUGUAUGCAAUAUGUCUUCAGUGCUGCUUAAAGUUUUUAUGUCAGAUAUACCCACACUUAAAUUCAUACCAGCUUAAAUAGGUGUUACACAGUUCCAUUUGAAAGAGCUAUUUUUGUGUUUAACAUGCUCAGUUAAAAGUUGCUGGGCUCCUCACCUGCAGUGCCAAACUUCAAAGUAAAAGAUAAAAAAAUUGUAGAAGAAAAGUGUAAGUUGAAGACGAAAUUGUAAGAUUUGAUAAAAUACAGAAUCUUUCCUUAACCUUAGCCUGCUGGUGGCAAGUGAUUUUGCCCUUUCGACCAGUGCAGACCAAUAUCAGCCUGCACAUCUGUGCAGUCUGAUCAUGGUCUGCACUGUUUGCUAUUCAGUCAGUAAAUUUUCAGUGAAAUACCCUUUGAAUGAUAAGUGGUACUGCCCAGAUUGGAUAAUGGACUAGUCAAUUUUAGAAAUAUAGCAGGGUAAGGGUUAAUAGAAUGAUGGAGAUUUUCAGUACAUGUUUAUGUGGUACAUGGAAACAUGAACAUAAAUGCAGUAAAUCACUUUAUAUAAUUCUUAGCAUCUGCAUAAAAUAGUCUGUGGCUCAUUACAAAUAAAUGUAGACAGUUGAAUGGUAGAAAGAUUAAAAUCAAAAUGUUCUAGAUUUUGAUACCACAGGCACUUAUUUCAUUUUCAAUAUAUAUUAUACUAGCAAAAAAAUUCUGCAUGCCUGUUUACAAUUCAAUGAUGAAAUCUCAAUUACUGUAUUGAUAAACUGGUAAAACACAUAUAAGCUUAAAACAUAAUUGAAACUGUGGCUAGAUAUCAGUUAAAAUAAAACUUUAAAUACAGGAAAUUUAGGAAAAUUCUGCUCUGUUAUAAAUAAUGUAUGUAAGACUAUGUAGAAUAACCAUCUUUAACCCAUAUGGGCGGCUUCCUCAGGAGAAUAUUAGUUAUUUGAGUAGCAGAAAAGUGCACGACACAAAAAAAUGUUUCUAUUUCAGCAGCUUCCUUAGUUCUCAAGCAUUCCAGGUGUUAAGCACCGAUACCCUUCUUAUCUGAAUGUCAGUCAUUUUAUUUGGGCUCGAACUGGUUUUGAAGUUGGGGUCUUACAAGUAAACCGUUGUGUCCACUUCAUGUGAACAGUGGGUAGAAAGGCAUGAGAUUAUUUACUUUUCUGCUUAUUAAAGUGUUGCUUCAUUUUUGAUAGUAUUUUUAAAAUGGUUUCAUUUUGAUUAUUGACUUUCACAUGAACAUUGUGUGAAAUUUUAUUUUUCAUUAUUAUAAAGACAAAGUAUGGUAAGGUACAGGCAUUUAUACAUUAUGUACUUAUCAUUACGGUAAUGGCGUGCCUGAAGUGGUAAUAAUUGGCACAUUUCAACUUCCAGCGUCUAGGUCAAGUGCAAAUUUAAGUUAAUUGUGCCAUUUACUACUGAAGGCACUUCAUAACCAUUUAAUGAGUUGUUUAUUUUAUGUUUUAACCUUACUUCCAGUUAUACAAAUAAAUACAUGGCAUUUAUGUAGCUCAAAAAUUAUAAAAUAUUCUAUUGCACUUUACAAUUAUAUAACACACAUUUAACAUAUAUACAUACAAAAUAUGAACAAAAUUCUAGAACUUAGAUUUAAAGAUUUGGACAUGUAUAAAUACUAUUUUACACCACUUCUGAUAUUUUGUAUUUAAACAAGACUACACUCAUUGUUCAUGAAACUGCCUAAAUAAAUGUGUUUUCAGUUUUGAUCUAAAGCUGGCUUCAGACUGAAUGUUUUUCAGAUAGCUAGGCAGAUCGUUCCACCAUUUGGGACCAACGACUGCUAUAGAUCUGUCUGCUAAUUUUGUUCGCCGUCUAGGGAUGUUAAAGUUAGUGUCACUUUGUGAGCGAAGUCUGUAUCGUUGUCGAGUAGGUACAAACAUUUCCCUCAGAUGUACUGGAGCUGUACCGUUGAUGACACGGAAGACUAUUACUAAAACUUUGAACAUGACUCUAGCCUUAACUGGAAGCCAGUGUAAUUCUUUCAGAAGUUCAGUACUUGGUUUUUCAUAGGAAGCAUUCUUGACUACUCUAGCGGCAUGAUUUUGGACUCGCUGUAGUUUAUUGAUUUGGUAGGCUGGAAUUUCUGUAAAUAAACUGCGUGCCAAUACCCAGUUUUUGUACUUUCUCCAGGUUAUUGGCAUGGCUGCAGGAUUCUGUCUGGACAAUUUUAUAACUAUUCAUAGCCAAGAGUAUAAUUAUACUGUAAAUGGAUUUUGAAGAAAAUUUUAAGUUAAUUUGCCGGAACCUACAGAACUAUGUAUUAUGGUUGUAGAGCAACUAUUUCACAUUGUAUUUCUUGACUAUUAUUAAAACUUGGUGGUGAAGAGCCAUCUGCCUUCAUUGCCUAUAUAUUUAUAGCCCCUUUUUAGCUCACCUGAGCAAUGCUCAGGUGAGUUUUUCUGAUCGCUCGAUGUCCGGCGUCCGUCGUCUGGCGUCUGUCGUCCGUCUUCUGUCAACAUUUAGCUUGUGUAUGCGAUAGAGGCUUUAUUUUUCAAUUAAUCUUCAUGAAUAAUGGUCAGAAUGAUAACCUUGAUGAAAUCUAGGCCGAGUUCGAAAAUGGGUCAUCUCGGGUCAAAAACUAGGUCACUAGGUCAAAUCGAAGAAAAACCUUGUGUAUGCGAUAGAGACUGUAUUUUUCAUUUAAUCUUCAUGAAUAUUGGUCAGAAUGAUAACCUUGAUGAAAUCUAGGCCGAGUUCGAAAAUGGGUCAUCUCGGGUCAAAAACUAGGUCACUAGGUCAAAUCAAAGAAAAACCUUGUGUAUGCGAUAGAGGUGGUAUUUUUCAAUUAAUCUUCAUGAAUAUUGGUCAGAAUGAUAACCUUGAUGAAAUCUAAGCCGAGUUCGAAAAUGGGUCAUCUGGGGUCAAAAACUAGGUCACUAGGUCAAAUCAAAGAAAAACCUUGUGUAUGCGAUAGAGGCUGUAUUUUUCAAUUCUUCUUCAUGAAUAUUGGUCAGAAUGAUAACCUUGAUGAAAUUUAGGCCGAAUUCGAAAAUGGGUCAUCUCGGGUCAAAAACUAGGUCACUAGGUCAAAUCAAAGAAAAACCUUGUGUAUGCGAUAGAGGCUGUAUUUUUCAAUUGAUCUUCAUGAAUUUUGGUCAGAAUGAUUGCCUUGAUGAAAUCUAGGCCGAGUUCGAAAAUGGGUCAUCUGGGGUCAAAAACUAGGUCACUAGGUCAAAUCAAAGAAAAACCUUGUGUAUGCGAUAGAGGCGGUAUUUUUCAACUGAUCUUCAUGAAAUUUUGUCAGAAUGAUAACCUUGAUGAAAUCUAGGCCGAGUUCGAAAAGGGGUCAUCUCGGGUCAAAAACUAGGUCACUAGGUCAAAUCAAAGGAAAACCUUGUGUAUGCGAUAGAGGCUGUAUUUUUCAAUUGAUCUUCAUGAAUUUUGGUCAGAAUGAUUGCCUUGAUGAAAUUUAGACCAAGUUCGAAAAUGGGUCAUCUGGGGUCAAAAACUAGGUCACUAGGUCAAAUCAAAGAAAAACCUUGUGUAUGCAAUAGGGGCUGUAUUUUUCAACUGAUCUUUAUGAAAUUUAGCCAGAAUGAUUACCUUGAUGAAAUCUAGGCUGAUUUCGAAAAUGGGUCAUCUGGGGUCAAAAACUAGGUCACUAGGUCAAAUCGAAGAAAAACAUUGUGUAUGCAAUAGAGGAUGUAGUUUUCAAUUGAUCUUCAUGAAAUUUGGUCAGAGUGAUUGCCUUGAUGAAAACUAGGUCGGUUUUGAAUAUGGGUUAUCUGAGGUCAAAAACUAGGUCACUAGGUCAAAUUAAAGAAAAAUCUUGUGUAUGCGAUAGAGACUGUUUUUUUCAGUUGAUAUUUAUGAAAUUUGGUCAGGUUGAUUGCCUUAAUGAAAUCUAGGUCGAAUUGAAUAUGGGUCAUCUGAGGUCAAAAACUAGGUCACUUGGUCAAAUCAAAGAAAAAACUUCUGUAUGUGAUAGCGGCUGUAUUUUUCAGUUGAUCUUCAUGAAUUUUGGUCAGAAUGAUUGCCUUGAUAAAAUCUAGGUCGAGUUUGAACAUGGGUCAUCUAGGGUCAAAAACUAGGUCAUAUCUAAGAAAAUGCGUGUUUUAUUGCAAGAGACCAAUUUUUUGGUCCAAUCUUAAUAAAAAUUGGUCAGAAUAUUUGUUUCCAUGAAAUCACUAGGUCAAACAUGUUUUACACUGUUAUGGAGUGUUUCUUAGGUGAGCGACCUAGGGCCAUCUUGGCCCUCUUGUUGGUAUUUGCAUGAAUAAAAAUUGUGAUAUUUCUUCCGGACAAAAAAAAAUUAAGAAACAUUUUUAAAGCAGCAUGUCUCCAUAUUUGGUUUAAAAACAGUCUUUCUUUCAAAUUGAAGUUUGGUCAUGUUAUGAACAUUAGCAUAUGAAUUUUUGUUUCUAAAAUAUUUUAAAACUUCAAAAUCAGGAAAAAAAGAUGACCGCAUCGGGAAUCUACCCCGGACCGCCGCGGCAAUAAAGACAUUUUCCCGUCGUCGUAACCAAUAGCGCUAUAGCUGAAGUAGUGAAUAAUGACUUCAAAAUAUAGAUAUUUAUAAUCGAGACAGUUUACCUGGAGUAAAAGCGUGACAAAUGCUUUUCAAUUUUCAUCAUAAAAAGUAGUAAAAACAGCAAAUUCUCAUGUUUUUCCGUAACAUAAAGUCUGUCAGUAGUUAAGUUUUAAAGCCUUCAUAAGAAAUAUACAUGUAGAAUUUAUUUCAAGAUAGAUCUAUCUAAAAAAAAAAAAUUUUUGUUGUCAAACGAUUUGGAGGCAUGCCGCUUUAAAAGCAAUGCAAUUAGAGUAGUUCAUGGAUUAAUGAAGUAAAAUGUUAUAAUGACCUUGUUUUUGUUACGUUAUUUAAGAUACUGUUUUUUUCUCUUGUACAUUAUAAAUGAUCGUUUUUUGUAUGUUUAGAGUAUUUUUAACCUGUUUACAAAUAAUAUGUUUGACAAUUAAUGUUUUAAAACACUUUUUCAGGACUUAUAGUUUGUUGAUUCUUGUAGUAUAUUUGAAUUGCUGUGAUUUUUGCCAUUCACAAAGCAGUGAUAAAAUGUUUAUCUCUUAUUUGUACAAAUAAACUGUGAAAUAAAAUGAAAUUAGAUUUAGAUAAACUCCUGUUGAGCAAUGGCAGUUAUUUGUGAUAACAAUUAGAAACUGAAAAUGCAAUAUAUGUACAUGUGCUGUAAUUUUUCUGUUAUUGGUCUAGAAUAGAAGGAUCAUUUUCCACAUCCAGAAACACUUGUGUUUUUACUUGUUCCAUUGGGUUAAUGUAUUUUGAUUUUUAGCUCGACUAUUCGAAGAAUAAGUAGAGCUAUCCUACUCACCACGGCGUCGGCGUCGGUGUCGGCGUCGGUGUCGGCGUCGGCGUCACACCCUGGUUGAGUUGUUCGUACCAGUCCACAUUUUGACAAAGUCUUUUGAGAUAAAGCUUUGAAACUUUCAACACUUGUUUACCAUCACCUUGUCCAGUUAUAGGCAAGAGUACAUAACUCUGUCAAGCAUUUUGACUGAAUUAUGGCCCCUUUUGACUUAGAAAUCUUGGUUAAGUUUUUCGUACCAGUUCAUAUUUUGACAAAGUCUUUUGAGAUAAAGCUUUGAAACUUUCAACACUUGUUUACCAUCACCAUGUCCAGUUGUAGGCAAGAGUACAUAACUCCAUCAAGCAUUUUGGUUGAAUUAUGGCCCCUUUUUGUCUUAGAAAUCUUGGUUAAGUUUUUCGUACCAGUCCACGUUUUGACAAAAUCUUUUAAGAUAAAGCUUUGAAACUUUCAACACUUGUUUACCAUCACAAUGUCCAGUGGUAGGCAAGAGUACAUAACUCCAUCAAGCAUUUUGACUGAAUUAUGGCCCCUUUUGACUUAGAAAUCUUGGUUAAGUUUUUCGUACCAGUUUAUAUUUUGUGUAAAGUGUUUGACAUAUGGCUUUGAAACUUUUAUAUCUUGUUCAGUAUAAUAGUCUCUAUCAAUAGGCAAGAGUACGUAACUCUCUCAUCUUUUUUGGCUGAAUUAUGGCCCUUUUUGAACUUGGAAAUUGGUUCUGUUUUGUAAAUGUCCAUGUUUUGUCAAGACUAUUUGACAUAUGGCUUUUAAACUUUAAACACUUGUUUAUCAUUAUGAUUUCCAUCUGUAGGCAAGAGUACAUAACUCUGACAAUUAUUUUGACUGAAUUAUGGCCCUUUCUGGACUUUGAAAUUUAUUCAGUUUUUCUUACAAGUCAGCGUUUUGUCAAAACUUUUUGAACUGUGGCUUUGAAACUUUUAACACUAGUUUAUCAACAUGAUUUCCAUCUGUAGGCAAGAGUACAUAACUCUGUCAACUAUUUUGACUGAAUUAUGGCCCUUUUUGGACUUGGAAAUUAGUUAAAAUUUUCAUAUAAGUCCAUGUUUUGCCUAACAUAUAACUUAACAUAUUUGCCAUCAUGGUCACACAUUGCCAUUUAGUGCAAGACUAAUCGAAAUCCACAAAUACAGGAACAUUUUUUGUUUAAUCCAUUUUUUUGUUUAGUCUGAAAAUCUAUGGAAAUAUUUAGACCCCAUUCUUCAAUCAAUUCUUCGAAUAGUCGAGCGCGCUGUCAUCCGACAGCUCUUGUUGUUUACUAAACUGACAUUGUAUCAUUCUUCAAAAUGACAUUUCCUGAAAAUUAUGUAAGCACAUUCCUCCAAGGUCUGUUUUACUGGAAAACGGGUCCGACAGAGAGUGUAGUCCACAUGGAGUAUUGAUUGAGUUAUAAACUUGUACUUCUGAAUAUAUAAAAGUAUUGCAUAUUUUAUUAAAAGACUUUUCUAUUUUGUUAUUAAACCACUAUGAAUAAGUAUGUCAAAAGGAUCAUUUAAGGGAAGUAUAGGUUUGGAUUUUUCGAGGUCUGGAUUUUAGACAAAUUUAGUUAAUAAAGUUGGUUAACAGCUGUAAACCUGUACUGACAACUGGCCUCAAUGUCUGCUGUUUUAAUUCAGUAGUUGUUACAGAAACCCAUUUGUUUUUAUGGGGCUACAUUAUUGGCCAAAAAAAUACUCAAAGUAGUAUAGGAGACUGUGUAAUAGCAAGGAGUUUGCUAAUUGUCUUUUUAUACAAAUCAGCUGCCUUGAGCUAGUGUUUUAUUUUUGAAUUAUUGAAGUGGAUUAAAUAAAUGCACUGGAUAGUCACUGGAUUUGAAAAAGAACCAGAAAGUGUGUGUGUUUGAUUAUUUAAGUUUGUUUUUGUCUUAAUAUUAUAACAAUUUGUCUUAAAAUGGACAGGUUUCUUAGCUUAUAAGUAAAAUUUCUGGCCCAGAUUUCACAAAAAUACCUAACUUUGUUAAUUACCUUGCAUACAUUAAUUUGCAUAAUAAAAAUGAAAACUUAAGCAAAUUAACGUACUUACUAAAUCAGUUAACAAACUUAAGUAUUUUCAUGAAAUUGUGACCCAGUCACAAUGCUCCCCCCCCCCCCCCCCCCCCCACCUGUAGAGGUAAGUGUAUUUCUUCUCUGAACUGUACGUUAUGUUUGAAAUUUUUAGCACUCUUUUUUUAUGGUUUGUAUAAAUUUGUUUAUGGCAGAUAAAUCAAUAAACAAUGUCUAACAUAA